AUGAGUGAACAAGAGAUUGAUACAACUGGUGAGCACACCAGAGUUACCGAUGGGGAUAUGGAAAUUGAGAGCCAGCAGGCUCGUAAUGGGCAAGUUCAAGAAGAGGAGGCAGCAAGAGUUGCUGCUGAGAAUACAACAAGAAUGGAGGUUCAGAUAGCGGAAUUACAGAAUGAAGUUCUGAAGAUGAGAAAUGCGGGCUCGACCGAGAUGGGGAGAGCCCUUGCGAUAACGAAAGCAAUGGUUCCAUACGACCCGAAGAAGCAGACAUUUGAGGAAUGGAGAUCGAAAUUUGAAGGCCGCGCUAAGCUGUUGAGGUUACCCUAUCAGGAGUUGUUGGAAUUUAUGGGCUUAUGUUUAUCGGAUAAGCCUUGGGAAGUGUAUAAUAGGAGACUCAACAAUGAUCCUAAGGAACCUCCCGAGCGGAUUUAUUUUGGCAUUAUAGAGGAGCUGACGAAACAAUACAGCGAGACGCCUAAGCAUGCGUUCAGUUCUCUGUGUAAGCUGAGAUAUAAACGUGAUGUAUACAGGCAUUCGACUGAGAUCCAUAGAUUAACCAAGUUGGCUUUCCCGAAAUUGAAUCCAGAAGCACGAGACCAGAUUGGUAUACAAGUCUUUUGGAAGAGUUUACCGCAGUCGAAGAUAGUGGAAGGGUAUUAUAACACCUUCAAUAAGCUUCCAAAGCAAACACUUUCGGAAGCUGUUACCCUGGUUGGCGAUAGUCUGGAUAGUGUUGAAGAGACGAGUGAUUCGGGUGAAGAAGAGAAGGUUGUGGCUGUUGCGCAUUGGUCUCAGAAAGGAAAAGGAGCUCUUGGACUCCGUAUUGGUACGGUAAAGGACGAAAAGGAAAAGGGAAAGGAAGUAAAGGAAAAGGAAGUAAAGGAAAAGGAAAGCGAUAUGAAAGAGAAGAUGAGGAUGAAGGAUCAUCCAAACGAAUGA